UUGACAGGCGCUAUGCAUCUGUUGGUUGGGGACAGUCUCAACAUUUCUAGAUCAACAGCGGGCAGAUGUAUACGGGCAGUGUCAGUAAAAUAGCCGAACUGUCGAAGGAUUUUAUCCAGUUUCCAGUUGGAAGGGGCGCCGUUCGUGCAAAGGAGGCAUUCGGCAACAUUGCAGGAUUCCCGAAUGUCGUUGGGUGCAUCGACGGUACUUUUAUCCGAAUACAGCGGCCGACUGCAAACGAGGGAGACUUCGUGAACCGGCGAGGUUACCAUUCCCUAAAUGUUCAGAUGUGCUGUGAUGCAAACUUUAAAAUCACCAGUUGCAACGCCAGCUGGCCCGGAUCAGUGCAUGACAGCCGCAUCUUCCGGACAUCAACACUGUGCCGUCUGUUUGAAAAUGGACAGUACACUGGCUUUCUACUGGGGGACUCAGGCUACCCAUGUCGUUGGUUCCUCCUGACUCCUUUACUGAACCCAACCAAUGCGUGCUGA